AUGGCGGUGGCCUCAGAGAGGAUCCCACCACAGCCUCUGAGAGCCCUCAGGUCGUUGCCCAACGAACCCGAAGUCGUUGACUGGUCACUACUGGACCAAUACCUAAACAUUCCCUGCUCCACAAACGAUCCCGAUACUGCAUGGACCGACCUUCUGGAUCAAGAAAAUGUCGAGCUUGAACGAGAUCUUUUCUGUAGCUGA